AUGAACAACAACGAGACAAAAGUUCUCGUCACGGGAGCAUCGGGAUUCAUUGGAACCCACUGUGUGAAUGUUCUGCUUCAAAAUGGGUAUCGUGUUCGUGGAACUGUCAGAGAUCUGAACAACAAGGCGAAGGUAGAUCCUGUCAAGAAGUUGGCCAAGCAAAAUCUUCUCGAGCUCGUUGAAGCAGAUUUGAUGGAUGAUACUUGCUGGGAAAAAGCGGUAGCUGGUUGUAAUUACGUACUCCAUGUCGCCUCUCCAUUUCCGAUUGUCUCCGAUGAAAAAUGCAUUGAUACCGCUGUCGAGGGUACAAUGAACGUGCUGAAAGCAAUCGCGGCUGAUGGAAAUGUGCGAAAACUUGUGCUCACGAGCAGCUGUGCAGCUGUAAACGAGGGUUACAAGCAGGACCGCGUGUUUGAUGAAACAUCGUGGUCAAACCUCGAAAGUGAUCUUGUGGAUUGUUACAUCAAAAGCAAAACUUUGGCAGAAAAAGCAGCGUGGGAUUAUAUCGAUCGACUUCCACAAGAUAAAAAAUUUCCAAUGACUGUGAUCAAUCCGACAUUGGUAUUCGGUCCAGCUUAUAUCACUGAACAAGGUGCAAGUAUUACGCUGAUGCGAAAAUUCAUGAAUGGCGAGAUGCCAGCUGCACCACCACUCAACAUGCCCAUCGUCGAUGUGCGUGACGUAGCGUUGGCACACUUUGAAGCCAUGCGGCGUCCAGAAUCAGAUAACGAACGCAUUCUGGUCACCAACGUACCAUCGAUGUGGUUUAUUGACAUAGCCAAGAUUCUGCGAGAGGAGUUCAAAGGAAAAGGAUAUUGGAUACCAAGAUUCACAGCCCCAUAUUUCUUUGUCCGCCUCUAUGCUAUUUUCGAUCCUGAGACCAGAGCAAGUCUUCCUCGUCUGUGCCAAGAAGUCAAAUUCGAUAACUCAAAGGUUCAACGUCUGCUGGGAAUGACAAUGCGUGAUAGCAAGCAGGCCCUUAUCGAUAUGGCUCACUCGCUGAUCGACCUAGGCAUAAUUGAAAGAAAAUAA